AUGGCUACCAUGAUCCGAGCAACCACUCUACGGCGAGCAGGCCGGCUAUUCGCGACCGGGAUCGCCCCAAGCGCUGCCUGCAUCGGCACCGUUUAUCUCUUAAGACCGAGGCCCAUUCAAUUAGAUGCCAUUGACGUGUCUCCACGGCAGCACCAAUCUCAACGAGCUGGGCUUUCAACAAAAGCUGUUCAGCAGAUCGCUAGUGGUAGCAUGGCUGAAAGAAGGGGGAGAGGAAAGCAGGUAAUAAAACUAAUUGCAUCAUUUGCUCUAGGCUUUGGCUGUGGCUUGAUUAUUGCUAUAUUCUCUCGCACCCUUGCAUUCUUGGGAAGUAUAUUAGCAGUCUCCGUAUACGUAACUUCUCGUUACGGGAUCGAUCUUCCCCAGAUCCUAGGAAUAAAGAAGUUUCUUCUCAAGUCUUCAGUGUGGCGAAAGUUGGGGGGUAGCCCAUGGUUCACCGCGUCGUUUGCUUUGACGUUUACACUGGCGGCAUUUGUUCAUCUGUAG